AUGAACACUGCAAUGAACUCUUUUCUAUAUCAUAUCGCCUCCGUGGAAGGCAUCACUACACUCGACCUUCAGCCAGGAAGAUUCGGAAAACGAUUCAUGGCCAUUCCCAAAGGUCCAGAAUCCAUCUUUGUGGGUGCAGUCUCGGAUGAGGACAUUGUACCCUCUGAUACCGGCGGGUACGUGAUGGGCGACGUGCGGACAGACGCCACUUUCAUGGCCAAGAUGCUCACCGAGCGCGUCGCCCCGGGUUCUCACGUGUGCAUGAGCCUGUACAGGCUCGCCUCGAACCCCGGGGGGCGAUUCCCCGCGGCGCUGCAGGACGCGCUGAGCGCGUACCACUACCUCCAGCAGCGCUUCCCAGACUCAGAGGUUGUCCUUUCGGGUGACUCGGCCGGUGGGCACGUUGUCAUCGGCUUGCUGCGCUACCUUGCCCAACAUGGGGCCGAGACGGGGCUCCGGCCGCCCAAGAGCGCCCUGCUGUUCUCGCCAGCUAUCGACAUGCUGGCGCCGCUGGAGCCGGAAGGGAUAACAAGCGCUCGGAACUAUGGGACUGACUACCUUGACCCGACCUUCCUAAACUGGGGCGCAAGACGCUUUGUCUCUGACAAGCCUGGAGCAAGACCUUACAUGAAUACACUAGGGGCAGAGUUCAGGAGCCCCAGCCCGAUAUGGGUCUUCUGUGGGGGCCGCGAACUCUUCUACGACGAUAUCGUGAGGUUUGUGGAUGAGAUGAGGACGGUCCAGGGCAACGAGGUCGAAUUGUGCGUGGAAAAACUAGCGAACCAUGACAUUGUCUUUGCGGGGAACCUGACUGGAUGGAAGAAAGAAGCCGAACAUGCUGCAGACGAAGCUGGGAAGUGGCUCUCCAAGCAAUAG